UCGUUCUCUCACGAACUUUUUUAGGAUAUACAAAAACACUGAGCAUUAUGUUACUUUUAGCAGUAAAACUUAGGAAAACAGGAUAUAUUAAAUUAAAUGCAAGAGAAGGAAUUCAAGUUAAAGCUGAUGAAUGAAUCAGUGUCGUGUGAUAUUUACUAGCACCUAGUCAGUUCAAUAAUAACUUUGCUUUAAAGUUGUGAUUGAGUUUAUUAAGGCUAACUUAGGUAAAUGUGACAACUCAUCUCGUUCACAGAAGAUGUUAUAAUGGGGAUUUAUCUUUGGAUCCUGCUCGUUUUAGUGCACUACAAUGAGGGGGUUCACGGGUUAAGGUUCACCAAAAGCCCCUCCAACCUCACAGUAACUCAGGGUAACAUAGCCCGUCUAGGCUGUGCAUUUGAGGGCUUGAGUGAACCGGAAAUCAUCUGGAUGAAGGACGGAGAGAAGCUCUACAGCACUGAUCAGAUGUACAUCACAAUAGAUACACAUCACUGGGAGACCUACCAAAGUGUUAAAUCCAUUCAGCAGCAGGAUGCUGGGAAGUAUUGGUGUGAGGUUGAACAUCAUGACACAGUCAUCUCGUCUGAGCCUGCUUGGAUUACAGUGGAAGGUGUGCCUCAUUUUGUGAUGGAACCCCAGGAUGUGGCCAAAUUCGCAGGGGAGCCGUUUAACUUGACAUGUGCUGCAUCAGGCCCUCCAGACCCUGUUGAGGUGCUGUGGUGGCUUGGGGGUGAACAGAAGGGUGAUUUCAUGCCCUCACCCUCAGUUCUCUUUGUUAAAGGUGUGAAUGACAGUAUAAAGUUUUACUGUGAGGCCAAGAACGCCCGUGGUAUCUCUGUGUCACGCACAGGCACUAUACACAUUAAAGUCCGGCCAGAUUUCCCACGGAAUGUUGAGGUGCACCAGGCAUCUGAUAGUAACAUAACCCUAACGUGGAGUCCAGGUUUCAAUGGCCACUCGCACCUUUCCACUUGCACUAUACAGGUGUCAAAUGGACCUGGAAAGAAGGUGAAACUUCCUGACCUGAGCGUGGCAGUUCCUCCCUUUCAGCACAUGCUUAGUUCACUCAGCAGUCAUUCAAACUACAGCGUGAGAAUCCGGUGUGAUAAUGAGGUGGGCUCUUCCCCCUUCUCUCCAUGGGUGGACUUUUACACUCCAGAGGCAGCACCAUUUGCAGCUCCAAAGAACUUGACCUUUGAACUCACCGAGCAGCAGCUGGUUCUGUCUUGGGCACCACUGAGAGAGGAGGAGCUACGAGGAAGGUUACUGGCAUAUAAAAUGCAGUGGAACCAGGAAGGAGAGAGACCGGAUCCCUUAUUGUUUAAGGAAAACUAUGCUUGUCUCUCAGGGGCAGGGCGAUUCUUUAACGCCACCUUCCAGGUUGCAGCAUGCACAGUCGCAGGAUGUGGCCCAUGGAGCCAGCCUGUUCUCGUGAUGCCUGCAUCAGCCACAAAAGCUCAAUCCCAGAGAGGCCACAUGUGGGUGGGGCUGCUUUUCGGCCUUCUUGUAGUCAGCAUGGUGGGACUUUUGCUGACCGUACUGGUACGCAAAAGGGGCAAAGAGAUGCAGUUUGGGGCUGCAUUCACAACUCCAGGGAACGAGGUACCAGUUUCCUUUACAGCUGCCAGGUCCUUCAACAGGCAGUUUCCUGAGCUCCCAGAAUCCACAUUGGACAGUCUAGGAAUCAGCAGUGACUUGAAGGCCAAGCUACAGGAUGUUCUCAUCUCGGAAAGGCUCUUAACUCUGGGACACAUGCUUGGCAAAGGCGAGUUUGGCUCAGUGAGAGAAGCCUUCCUUAAAACAGAGAACAACUCAGGGAAGAAGGUUGCUGUGAAAGUCCUCAAAAGUGAUAUCAACUCUUCCAGUGAUAUUGAGCAAUGUCUGAAAGAGGCUGCCUAUAUGAAGGACUUCCAUCAUCCAAAUGUCAUUCAACUCAUUGGAGUGAGUCUGCACAGGCGAGCUCAGCAGCGCCUGCCAGUUCCCAUGGUGAUUCUGCCCUUUAUGAAACAUGGAGAUCUACACACAUUUCUCCUCAUGUCUCGCCUCGGAGACGAGCCCUUUACCCUCUCUCUGCAAAUUCUAAUCCAGUUCAUGCUGGAUAUUGCUCGAGGAAUGGAGUAUCUUAGCAGCAAAAACAUCAUCCACCGGGAUUUGGCUGCUCGCAACUGCAUGUUGAAUGAAAACAUGACAGUGUGUGUAGCAGACUUUGGCCUCUCCAAGAAAAUCUACAGUGGUGACUACUACAGACAAGGGUCUGUCUCGAAGUUGCCUGUGAAGUGGAUCGCUUUGGAAAGCUUGGCAGACAAUGUCUACACAACGCAGAGUGAUGUGUGGGCAUUUGGCGUGACCAUGUGGGAAAUCAUGACUAGAGGCCAGACACCUUACCCAGGGGUGGAGAACUCUGAAAUCUAUGAGUAUCUUAUCAAAGGAGAAAGACUCAAACAACCUCCAGACUGCUCAGCUGAUAUCUAUGAGAUCAUGCAUAUCUGCUGGUCUCCUGUCCCAAAGUGCCGCCCUAGUUUCCAACACCUGAUAGAGCAGUUGGAGCUCUUGUGUGCGAAGCUAAGUCCAGCUCCUGUGAAAGAGCCAUUGCUCUAUGUGAACCUGGAGGAAGAGGAUGGGGAACAGGCCUCUGGGGCAGAAGUUGAUACAAGGACCCGUAGAAGUGAGGAGCCCUUGUGGGGAGUACCCUGGCAGUGUGAAGAUAUGGAGGAAGAUGAGAAGAACUGGCUUAUGGUGUCAUCAGGGGCAGCCCUUGCUAUUGGUGGAGACUACCGGUACAUCAUCGGUCCACACAGCAGCGGUAUUGAUGAAGAGAGAAGACAUUCUGACGACGGCCUGUCGGAGGAUAUCAGGGACGAAGAAGAUUUCAUCAUUAAUGUGUGAUUUUUAGUUUAACAUUUCCUAUGAGUCAGUACUUUGGGGCUGGUAAUAGUCGCACAAGUGGAGAAGGAUUUUGUAAAAGAACAAAGAGUCCGUAAAAAUGCUAAGCAUUCCUAAGAAGUCAUACUGGGGAAAUACCUGGAAUAAUGCUUAAUGCAAAGCACCUUUUCCUUGCGCCUUAUGGACACAAUCAGCUGCUAAUACUAAAAAUAUAUAUAUAUAUAUAUCUAUAUACGUAUAUUUGUUGACAAAUUUCAAUGGCAAUUGAUAUUCACUUACUAAUGACUGUAAAAAUGGCAGUGUUUCUCCAGAUAGAACAUUUAGAGAAAAAUCUGUGAUUUAUGAUGUGUAAAAUGUUAUCCUGACAUAAAAGUGUACCAAUUAAUAUUACCAAAUAAUUUUGACCCAUCCUUACAAGGACCCAUUAUCCCCAUUGUAAGGACACAGGUAGCUGUGAAUUUUUUUUUUAUAUAUAUAUAUAUAUAUAUAUAUAUAUAUAUAUAUAUAUAUAUAUAUAUAUAUAUAUAUAUAUAAGCUGUUGGAAGUCUAAAUUAUGUUUGAUGGUAAUCGUAUUUAACCCGGAACACUCCUUUAAACUGUACAGCAGACCCUCAUCAGAGCAUUCUGUGAAUGGGACAUCAAGGGACAUGAGGUUUUAAUUUAUGCAAGUUUUAUUUUUGUCUUAAGCUGUGUGCUGUGAUUGUUCCAGACACCAAGCAUUGUAGCAAAGAAUAAAGACUUGUUUUUAUUAAUUGUUUUGAACCUAUAGUGGGUUCUAGAUGAGAUGUACAGUAUAUAUAAUCUGUGAUGUCUCAUUUGACUUUUGUAUUAAGGGCAUUUCUCAAAUCUGAUUAAUUGUAGCUGUUGUAUUUUAGUUAAUCUGUGCACAGCCGAAAGUCAGCCUCGAUUUUAGUGUUAGAUAAUGUAACAAACUUUACAAAUUUGUUGUGGAUGUAACUUUGACAUCUUUCAGUGUUAUUAACUCUUAUAACAUAAGGCUGCCUGCUUAUACACUGAUCAGCCACAACAUUAAAACCACCUGCCUAAUAUCUUGUAGGUACCCCUCGUGCCACCAAAACAGCUCUGACCCGUCGAGGCAUGGACUCAACAAGACCUCUGAAGGUGUCCUGUGGUAUCUGGCAUCAAGACGUUGGCAGCAGAUCCUUUAAGUCCUGUAAGUUGUUAGGUGGGGCCUCCAUGGAUCAGACAUGUUGGUCCAGCACAUCCAAUAGAUGCUCAAUUGGAUUGAAAUCUAUGGAAUUUGAAGGCCAAGUCUACACCUUGAACACUUUGUCAUGUUCCUCAAACCAUUCCUAAACUAUUUUUGUAGUGUGGCAGGGCGCAUUGUCCUGCUGAAAGGGGCCACUGCCAUCAGGGAAUACCAUUGCCAUGAAGGGUUGUACGUGGUCUGCAACAAUUUUUAGGUAGGUGGUAUGUGUCAAAGUAACAUCCACAUGAAUGUCAGGACCCAAGGUUUCCGAGCAGAACAUUGCCCAGAGCAUCACACUGCCUCUGCCGGCCUGCCUUCUUCCCAUGGUGCAUCCUGCUGCCAUCUCUUUGCCAGGUAAACGACGCACAUGCACCCGGUCGUCCACAUGAUCUAAAAGAAAAUGUGAUUCAUCAGACAAGGCCACCUUCUUCCAUUGCUCCAUGGUCCAGAUCUUACGCUCAUGUGCCCAUUGUAGGCACUUUUGGCAGUGGACAGGGGUCAGCAUGGGCACUCUAAGUGGUCUGCAGCUACGCAGCCCCAUACGCAGCAAGCUGCGAUGAACUGUGUGUUCUGACACAUUUCUAUCAUGGCCAGCAUUAAGUUUUUCAGCAGUUUGUGCUACAGUAGCUCUUCUGUGGGAUCGGACCAGACGAGCUAGCCUUCGCUCCCCAUGCGCAUCAGUGAGUCUUGGGGCACAUGACCCUGUCGCCGGUUCACCGGUUGUCCUUCCUUGGACCACUUUUGGUGGGUACUAACCACUUCAUACUGGGAACACCCCACAAGACUUGCCGUUUUGGAGAUGCUCUGACCUAGUUUUCUAGCCAUCACAAUUUGGCCCUUGUCAAAGUCACUCAGAUCCUUACGCUUGCCCAUUUUUCCUGCUUCCAACACAUGAAAUUCAAGAACUGACUGCUCACUUGCUGCCUAAUAUAUCCCACCCCUUGACAGGUGCCACUGUAACGAGAUAAUAAAUGUUAUUAACUUAACCUUUCAGUGGUUUUAAAGUUGUGGUUGAUCAGUGUAUCAAAAUAAUGAAAUGUGCAAUGAGUAUGUGAAGUUCCUAACAUGAUUAUAACUUGUAAUGCCAACAAAGAGACGGGACUAAAACCUUGUAAUAUGGUUAGAGCUAUACAAAGUUCAACAUACAUUUGAGUCCAGACAAAACAAAACACUUAAUGUAGGCAAAAAGGUAUUCAUUUUUUGCUGAUUGAUGAUUUAUAUGUAACAAAUAGCAAGAGUAUUGUACAGAAUAAGUAAUGUUUGUUAUCUGUAUGCUGUUUACAACUGUGAACUUGUACAUGUAGAAUUGUCUUGCAGUUUAUUUC